AUGCCAACAUGGCAGACCAAUCUUGCUAUUUCUUACCAUGCCAAAUACUUGAGACUGGGGUUACCAGAGGAUAUAGAGUAUGCCAUCUUCAAUGGCAAACAUGCUGCUAUGCAUACACCUGCGGGACAACUUGAGGCAGCCAGGCAGCUGAGCAUCCUCGGGGUUGCAUAUCAGACCAAGUAUAACAAAGGUGGGGGACUUGAUGAAGACCUGGAAAAUGCCCUGAAGGACAAGAUUGAAAUUGUCAGGAUAUUCCCCAUCAUGGGCAUCUCAAUUUACCUGCAUGGCACAGCAAUCUCGAAAGUAUCUAUCAGGCUAGGUAUAAAAGAUAUGGAAGCCAAAGCUGUUGGCAAUGUGCACAUCUCCAGUUCAGAACUGGCUACAUUCCAAUAUGGGCUUGGUGUCACAUACCUCUCAAUGUAUCAAGCUCGAGGGAAGAAGGAGGACCCUGCAGAAGCCCUACAAUGCUUGGAAGAGUCCUGCAAUGCGAAUGAUCCUUCAGUAACCCUGCUAUGGAAUGCUAUAAAGUGGACCUAUGAGGCUCACAGGAAAGGGGCCGUGGAUUCAGCUCCAAAGGCUUACAACAAAGCAAUCAGCCUCUUACCUCCAGCCAUCUGGCUAGGGCAGGGCAUCCAUGACCAGCAUUAUUCCAUGAGGAGUGUCUAUGCAUUAGCAGUUGAUGCUGCAGCCUUCCAUAUACAGAAUGCCCACCUGGAAGAAGCUGUGGAGAGCCUCGAUGCCCUCAGGGAUGUGGCAUCUAAUCUCUUCAAGGAGCUGUCUGAGGCAAGACAGCAGCUGGAAUCCACAAGUCAUUCUGUCAGAGCAGAACCUGCUUUGCGAGGUCCAUCAGCUGGCGAGGGUACGGUAUCUCUCAAUUCACUCAUCGAGAGACUUCCCUCCGCGCACUGCGUGCACUUUGCUUGCCACGGCGUCCAGAAUUUCGACGAUGCGCUGAAGAGCAGGCUCCUGAUGCCGGACGGCACGAGGCUGGAGCUCUCGCAGCUCGUGCGCAUGAAGCUCCCGAAAGCGCAGCUUGUCCUCCUCCCGGCGUGCAAGACUGGCCUGGGCGAUGCCGAAUUGUUCAACGAGGCGCUGCACUUAGCAAGCGGGCUGCUGCUGGCGGGAUCUCAGAGGGCAAUGGCCACCCUGUGGUCGAUACACGACGACGAUGGGCCCGUGGUCGCUAGGGAGGUUUAUUCAUUCCCUCACGGACGGAGGUAA